UUUAGUGUGGGAGGGAAUCAAAGGAAUUCCCAUGGCAAAAGGGUUAGUUUUUUUGGUCCUUUCCUUGGCCCUGGUGGUAGUAUUUCACUCCGCAGAUGCACAGGUGCCACCUAUAUUCAUAUUUGGCGAUUCAACUGCUGAUGUUGGGACCGACAAUUUCUUGCCUGGCAGCACAGCAAGAGCUGACUUCCCUCACAAUGGCAUAGAUUUUCCUAAUAAAAGACCAACUGGAAGGUUCAGUAAUGGCCUAAACAGUGCUGAUUUGCUUGCCAAGCUAAUGGGUUAUAAAAGAAGUCCACCGCCUUUUUUCUCUUCAAACAUUGCAUAUGCUGCGAAGAAGAAUAGCUUCAGAGGUAUAAACUUUGCCUCUGGAGGCUCCGGCCUUCUUGAUGUUACUGGACAAACAGUGAACAACCAAAAGAAUGUUGUCCCAUUGAGUGAGCAGAUAGAACAAUUUUUCAAUGUUCAUGGCAAGCUCAUGGCUGCAAUUGGUCCAGCAGGAACUGAAAAUUUUCUCUCAAAGUCCUUAUUCUUCAUCAGUACUGGUAGCAAUGAUAUUUUUACCUAUUACCAUUCUACUAGUACUUUACCAAAGCAAGAGUUCAUAUCCACCUUAGCACUUGCGUAUGAAAACUACUUACGGGCUCUGCUUAACCUUGGUGCAAGGAAGUUUGGCAUAAUAAGUGUUCCGCCAAUUGGAUGUUGCCCAUCUCAGAGGAUUUAUAAUGCUACUGGAGGUUGUUUGGAGGAGUUGAACGAAUACGCAAGAGCUUUCCAUGUUUCAAUGGAAACUCUCAUGUGCAAACUCAGUUCAGAAUACAAGGACAUGAAGUAUUCACUUGGAAACACAUAUGAAAUGACUAUAAAUGUUAUAGACAAUCCUGCUGUAUUCAAAUUUAAGGAAGUGAAAAGUGCAUGUUGUGGAGAUGGGAAGUUCAAUGGAGAAUCCUUUUGUGUACCAAAUGCAACUCUUUGUUCAAAGAGGCAUCAAUACUUGUUCUGGGAUUUAUUCCACCCUACACAGACUGCUUCUAAGUUGGCAGCUGUAACUCUUUACACUAGUGAUGAACAGAGAUUUGUAUCUCCAAUCAACUUCUCUCAGUUAGCCACAGCAUAGCCAGAAAUAGUCCUCAGAAGUUCCUCCCCAAUAUUGUCAAUUGUUUCCCAACAAGUGAAUUAUCAUUGUUUUCUAGUUAUAUCUUUCACAUGCUUAUAGAACAAGAAUAAACAGAAUCCAAUGACACAAUUCAAUGUAAAACUUGAGCUUGAGUUGUAUUUCCCUAAAC